CCCUAGUUGUCACCGACUAUCUGGUUCUGCACCACCACUAAUGGCGGCGAACGCUCUCCGACUCCAGCGAUCACUUGCUCUAACGGUUUCUAUUUUCAACCACCCCAGGCAUUUCUCUGCCGUGGUAUCAUCCGUGGCAGCACCACCUUCCUCCUCCCCCUCUACCAUCCAACAAAACCCUAGCCAAUUUGAUGUCACUCGUUCAAAAUCCAGUAGUGUAUCGUUUCAAUUCAUAUCAUCAAAGGCCUUCUCUUCGCGAGCUAGAUACAACAAUGAUGAUAUGGACGGCGAUCAGAUUAGCCCUGAUGCUAUACUAUUCGAGGGUUGCGAUUACAAUCACUGGCUGAUUACCAUGGAUUUUCCUAAAGAUCCUAAACCAUCUCCUGAAGAAAUGGUCGAAACUUACGUCCAAACUGCCGCAAAAGUUCUUGGAAGUGUGGAAGAGGCAAAGAAGAAAAUUUAUGCUUGUAGCACAACUACUUACAAUGGAUUUCAGGUUGAGGCGUCAGAAGAAGUUUCAGAGCAGUUUAAAGGUUUACCUGGAGUUGUUUUUGUAUUGCCUGAUUCCUAUAUUGAUCCUGUAAACAAAGAAUAUGGAGGAGACAAGUACAUUAAUGGAACAAUAAUACCCAGACCACCCCCAGUACAAUAUGGAAGGCAAAGUGGAAGGUAUAAUGAUCGUAAUAGAGAUUACAACAGACCGCCGCCUAGAGGUCGAAUGGACCAAAAUUCUCCAAUGCAACAGAAUUAUGGUAACCCUAAUCCAAUGAAUAAUGCACCUGGCGGACAGGGUAAUUAUCAGGGAGACAGAAGAGGCCCCAUGCCCACUUACCAAGGAAAUUACAAUGCAGGAGAAGGAAGAAAUCUUAAUCCUCCUAGGCAAACUGAUUUUCCCACAAGGGACCAAGGGAACUAUGCACAUCCCGAGCAGAGGGAUUUUACUCCUCGCGUAGGAAACUACAGCCAAGGAGGUGGUGGAAAUUACAGGCAAGGGACUGGGGGACAAUAUGGUGAACAUAGAGGUGGGCAAUAUGGGCAACCAGGUGGUGGAAAUUAUGGUCAAGGAGCAGGUGGACAAUAUGGACAAGGAGGCGGAGGAAAUUAUGGACAAGGAGCAGGUGGACAGUAUGGACAAGGAGCAGGUGCACAGUAUGGACAAGGAGGCGGAGGAAAUUAUGGGCAAGGCCCAGCUGGACCAUACGGACAAGGAGGCGCUGGAAAUUUUGGACAAGCGACCGGUGGACAGUAUGGAGAACGUAGCGGUGGAAGUUAUGGGCAAGCAGGUGGACAAUACAACCAAGGAACAGAAGGAGGUUAUGGGCAAGGAAUUGGAUCUGGCAGCAAUCGGACUUCAUCACAAUAUGGAGAAAAUCCAACAUUUUCACAGAUGGACCAGAGGAACAACAUUCCUAGGCAGCAAGGGAAUCAUGAAGUUGUUGAAGAAGCCGAGUUUACCAAAGAAAGAUGAUCAAGAUGUUGAAGUAUGAAGAAAAAUGAGAGAUCAGGUAAAUAUCCUUUAAAGAAUGUAGUGUACAAGCUGAGCCAGAGGGAAAAAG